AUGACCGAUACAGCGAUUGAACAUUUAGCAAACAGGAGCCCGCACUCAUUUCGUCCCGGGCUACGUGUUCGCCGAUUUGGCAGACAAGAUUUCGAACGCUUCAAUCAAGAGGCAGCUCGUGGGUCUCACCUAUGCGUUGGAUCUGGCACUAUCGGAAAAGUCCAAGUCGAAUGCAAAUACCAGUGGAGGAAGGCGCAAUGGGGUGUUCUUGGCCCCCGCCGACAUCCUGCCGGUAUAGUCUACAUCGAUAUCGCAAUCAAACAGCCCCCAGGACACACCCUCAGCAAUGCCACUGUGCUUGUUACUUUGACGCAAACAGGUACAGUUGGAUUCGACGCUGGAGGUAGUGGACGGACACAAAGACACGUUCGAACUUCACUCGAGUCAGACUAUGCAGUUCAAGUGACAGAAUUCUUUGGACCUCAGUCUCUCACAGGACCGAGAAUUGUCACUUCCGAGAUCAAGGAGAAGGCUUUCGAGCCCACGCUUGGAGCUGGGGGCUUCUUUGAACUGGGGGGGAUGGGAGUUCGUCAGAGCAAGAUGAGAGAGCUUGUCGACAGCUGGACCUUCAAGGGAACGGUAAAGCGGGCAAAGGGCGGAGAAGGAUUCCGAUCCCUCGAAUGGGAGCUCAACGAAAGCGAAAUAGACAACAAUCCGUUUCGAAAACACAACUUCCACACAGCCUUUGCGUUCGAACACAGCGGCAGACCAAUUGUCAUGUGCGUCGAAGUCGAGGGUCGUCUCAAAAGCAAGGCGCGGCAGACCAAGCACCGGGUUCUGCGCUUCUGCUCGAGGUCAGGCGAUACCGAUAACUCAAUGACAACCGAAAUCGAUCUAUCUUCGGCAACAUCAACCUUCAAGAAACGGCUCGACGGCAUCGCACACGGUCUAAACAUGGCAAUGCAGAAGGAGAACCAUGAUGAUACCCCGGUAGAGAUGCCACCGCCUAUGCCAGCAACCUUUGAAGAGGUAUCUUCUUCGAAGGAGGUCUCUUUUGACGAAAUCGAGGAGGUGGGAGACUCCGGGGUGGAUGUCUUGUUGCAGUAUCUCCACCAGCCUGCUACGGUAGCGAUCGAGCGUCAAUCAUCGCCGGUAGAGAAUGGAAGCGAGUUUUCCACGGGCGACGAGACGCUCGUCAAUGACAACAGCGACCACAGCAUCUCGGGCAAGUCUGUCCAAUCUGUGGGCCGAGUGACUGCUCAGCACGUGUUAAAGGUGUCUGAAGUCGUGGCACUGGCCCUCUUCAAUUGGGUCUUGAUGAUGGUCAAACUCGUGGGCUCGGGUCAGCAAUCAUGGACGACCACGAAACCGAUUUUCAUUCAGAAAGUAGUGACAUCAUCGGAAUAUCACCACAAAGCGCCGAGUCAGGAAAAUUGGGACGACGAGGUUGAUGCGCAGUACACAAAGCCCUCUCAGCAUCUCUUGAGUGCAAAACCCGUUGCAUCUAUCAGCGAUGGGCUCUCGCAGAUGAUGACCCCCCUUCUAAAUGAAAAGAAGACACCAGAACGUAUCCAAGUGCAGCGCAGGGGGAGUAUUUGA